AUGCUUUGUCCUGCUGCGACCAUGCCGGACGACUACACCAGCUCUACGCUCCAUAGGGCUCAAGACACUGAAAAUACGCCUCCUAAUGCGCGAAUGCACAUCAACACUAGCGAAGCUGCCAUGAUCGAAAACGGAUCUAGCUCUGAGAUCGGCCAGGAACAACCUUCCCGAAGCACAUCCGCGGACCAGCAACUAUCCGCAGAAGAAGUGGCAUUGCCGAAAGAGAGCGCAGGCUCAAUUUUUGGUGCUAGUUCACCAAUUGCUAAACUGUCUACCCAUGCCCAACCACACGCUGACGCCCAACGCUUGUCAUCGCCCAUCCCAAUGCCUCCAUCGAGAACACCACAGGAAGUCACUCUUGACAAUCUGAGAGCCCAAAAAGCUGCACUCUUGGCCUCUCUCAGUGCCCUUCCAGCGAUCCAAGUGCUGAUGGAAGAGAACGCUCUUUCAGAUGCCGAAUCAGGCGAUGCUAGCGAUGAACCUACUGAGACCGAUGUCAUGGCAGCCGCAAACAAAAUCGUGAAAGAGCACAUCAAAUUACUACACGAAUACAACGAGCUGAAAGAUGUGGGUCAGGGGUUGAUGGGCCUUAUUGCGGAUCAGCGGGGCGUACGGAUAGUCGAAGUUCAAGAAGAGUUCGGCAUCGAUGCGCAGGACUGA